AUGUUGCUGUUCCAAAAAUACUUAAUAAAAUUCAUCGAUUGUAUUCGCGAAAAUUCUGUAGUUUUUGAUGAUCCAAUCGAAGACACCAAGCUACUUGCACAUGCUUUGCCAUAUCAACCGUAUGGAUUAUUCACAUGUGGCAUCUCAAAUAUUGAUGGAUCAUUGGAAGAUAUUAUGCAUGCGACGUUACGGGAUGAUGCAAAUAGUGGCAACAAGUCUUUUACUAAAGACUUGGCUAAGAUGGCAACGAAGAAUCCGUUAUUGAAAAGAAUUCUCUCAUUACUACCUUCACAACAUUUAAUCAUCUAUUACCAUGUAAGGAGAGACCAAUACUUAGCUCUUUAUAAAGAGUUAUUUCAAUCCGUAGAACAAUGA